UGGACACCCAUGCCCCUUAGAUGUGCCCGAGAGACAAAUUCGUUGACCGCUCGUCAUAGCAAGCUGGUCAGCAAGGCCUCUUCGGAGCGACUUUGGGCAGGAGCAGCUUUCUCGAGCUUGGCGUAGUUCUAUCGCCCUUCUUGGAGGAGCCGCGUACGGCACUGGGCGCCAUCAUGGCUCCCGAAAAGAAUGUCAAAGGCAAGGCGCCCAUGCAAGUCUCAGCUUCCCCUGCUCAUGUUCAGACCGGCUCCAAUGCCGAGGCCUCGUCCUCUUUAAUCAAAGAUCAGCUCUCGCGGCUCACCUCGCUCUUCCCGCUCACGUGGCCAAUUCCGUCGCCGGCAUCCGACGCGACGCUCAUCCCAUCCGAAGAUGUCUCCUUCGAGCAAUCGCUUUUGCUCAACAUCGACAACAUCCGCUCGUGGCGCUCAUACAUGGAUCAUAUACUAGUCACGAACAAUCUCUCCGACUCGGAUCUCUCAGCGCAUGCGCCGCUCCCGCCUGCAGACGUUCAAUUCGGAGACGCAGGCGUGUCGAAGAAGCUUGGCUUUCUUGCGAAUGAAGGCCAGCGUCUCGCCUUGCGCCGGCUGACAAGCAUAUAUGAGCGAGCGAUAGCUCAGUUCCCGUACAACUACAGCCUGAGGCGAAAUUACCUCGCCUUACGCUCUCGCUUCGUCCUCGGGCGGCGACACAAGUUCGGGCAUCAUGAUGCUCUGCGCCGACAAGUCAAAGCAGGUCGGGAAAAUCUCGACGUAGGGCCCAAACUGAUCGAGGAAGACGACACUGCGAGAGGAGAGGAGUACAGCGAUGCAUCCUGGGAUUUGGACAGCGCACUCGACGGCGUCAUAGGCGUCGAAGAAUGGCACAGCCUCGCAGCUGCCUUUGAGCGCAGUCUUGCCAUCCUCCCCCGCAUGCCACGCUUAUGGCUCCUCUACCUUUCGAUCUUCCUCCACCCAUAUUGUCCCAGCACACUCUCCUUCACUCAUGCAAGACGGACCUUCGAUAGGGCGCUGCGAACACUGCCGGGCUCGCUGCAUCUACGAAUAUGGAAAGUCUACCUUAAAUGGGCCGAGAAAAAGGGCGGCGAGACGUGUCUCCGCAUCUGGCGGCGGUAUCUCCGGGUGGACCCGAGCUUGACAGAGCGCUACGUGCGCAUCAUCCUCGAAGAAAGGAAACGCAAGGCGCCAAGGUUCAAUGAAAGGAUGGAGGACGACGAGGAUGACGAUGGCGAGGAGGAAGCGCAGCCAGAUCCUCGCGCGCUGGAAGCCGCAAAGCUACUGCUUUCGCUUGCAAUGUCUGCAGCCAGUGGAACCUACACUUCACCGGACGCAAAGUCACCAUACCAACUUCUCAUCGAAUGGCUAGAGCUAGCGGAAAAGUAUCCGGAAGACGUCGGAAUGGACCCUCAGGAAGAGGACGAGGAGAGGCGGAACAGAGGCCUGCCGAGUCUCUUCAUCGAGGUGAUGGAUCCAACGCAGGGCAGUGGAAAGGGUGGUGCCACACAAAAUGGCGAAAAUGCGCAGUCCAAUGGAAUGCUUGUGCCGGUGCAAGCGAGGAAAGGCAAAGCUGGCGCUGCUACGACUGGCAGGAACGCUGUUCAACUUCAGCCCUCAUCGGCGAUUAGCAACAGUUCAGCGCAACCGUCCUGGGAAACAGAUGCAUUGAAUGACCGAAAGCUACCAGUCUCGAUCCUCGUCCAGUGGGAGGGGCUGGCCAAGUACCCGGAUCAGGCAGGACGCCUAUGGACAGGACUUGCAACCUACUACAUCAAACGCUCUGAAUUCGAGCUGGCACGCAAGACAUUCGAACAGGGCAUGAAGUCCGUCGCCACUGUCCGUGAUUUUACGCAAAUCUUUGACGCAUACGCCGAGACGAGCGAAGGCGUGCUGAGUUACCUAAUGGAAGAACUCGCAGCCAUGGAAGAAGCGGGCGAGUCUGUGGAUGAAGAAGGUGUCAGCAAGGAGGACAAAGAAAAGGAGGUGGACGACCGAAUGAGGGAAUUCGAGGAGCUGAUGGAACGGCGGCCAUUCUUGGUCAACGAUGUCUUGCUGCGGCGCAAUCCGGAUGAUGUGCAAGAGUGGGAGAAGCGCGUCUUACUCUUCGGAGACGAUGAUGAGAAGGUCAUUGCAACUUACCAAAAAGCGAUCGAGACGAUCAACCCGCGCAAGACGACUGCAAAUCAUCACCAACUCUUCCUCAAUUUUGCCAAGUUCUACGAGCAAGGCGGGAGCAACCCGGAUGGUGAGACCGAGCCUGACCUCGACAGUGCUCGGCAGAUUUUCGAGAAGGCAGUCACAAUCCCCUUUCGGAGGGUCGAUGAGCUAGCGGAGAUCUGGUGUGAGUACGCAGAGAUGGAGGUGCGCCAGUCAAACUACGAUACCGCGCUGCGGCUACUGGCACGGGCUACUCAGCCGCCACGGGGCAACGUUAAGCACAUCAGCUACCAUGACGAUAGCCUAUCCGUGCAGACGCGUCUGUUCAAGAGUCUCAAGCUAUGGUCGUUCUAUAUCGAUCUCGAAGAGUCGCUGGGAUCGGUCGAGUCUGCCAAAGCGGUCUACGACCGCGUUCUAGAGCUCAAGAUUGCCAAUGCUCAGAUCAUCGUCAACUAUGCUGCUUUCUUGGAAGAGCACAAGUAUUUCGAGGAGGCGUUCAAAGUCUACGAACGCGGUGUCGAAGCCUUCCCCUAUCCUGUCGCUUUCGAAUUAUGGAACGUCUACCUAGGCAAGUUUGUGAAACGAUAUGGCGGGGCCAAAAUCGAGCGAGCGCGCGAUCUGUUCGAGCAAGCACUCGAGAAGUGUCCGUCAAAGUACUGCAAGCCCCUUCUACUUAUGUAUGGCGCGAUGGAGGAGGAGCACGGUCUGGCGCGGCGCGCGAUGAAAGUUUACGAAAGGGCGAUCCAGGUGGUACCGCCAGAGGAUCGGUUUGAAAUGUACACUUUCUACAUCGCCAAGGUCGCGGCCAACUUUGGUCUUGCGGCCACGCGGCCCAUCUACGAGCAGGCUCUCGAAGCGCUGCCGGACAGGCAGACAGCCGAGAUGUGCUUGCGCUUUGCAGCUCUGGAGCGCAAGCUUGGCGAGAUUGACAGGGCAAGGGCCAUCUACGCGCACGCGAGUCAAUUCUGCGACCCGCGGACGCAGACCGCUUUCUGGAAGGAGUGGAAUGCAUUCGAAAUCGAAACCGGUUCCGAAGACACCUUCAGAGAGAUGCUGCGUAUCAAACGCUCGGUUCAAGCGCAGUUCAACACCGAUGUUUCUUACAUCGCUGCAUCCGCCCUCUCUGCCGCCCAAAAGGCGCAGCAAGGUACAGCUACCGCUGCGCUCGCAAACAGCAGUGUCGUUGACGCGGUUGCCGAUCCAAUGGCACAGGCCGAGGCCAAUGCCGCCCGGACCAAGGCAGCGCCCGCAGGCUUCGUCGCUGCGCAGAAGACAGGUUUACCGCAGCUAUCUGCAGAUGGGGCCGCUGUCAACGGCAAGACAUUCAACGAAGAGGAGAUCGGAGGAGGAGAUGAUGACGACGACAUCCUGUAGGCAUAAUGCAGAGCCCAAAAGAAAGUGCAUCAGUGUACACGUGCAAACUUUUGCAAUUUGUAAUUCGCUUGCAGGGGGAUGAAAACAUAGGCUACAACAUUGUUCG